AUGUUCUCUAACGCCAAACCUCAGGCAGCACCUUGGUGCACGUGGCCAGAUCAUCUUACAACCUCAACAGCCCUGAAUUUUGGGAGUUUUGGAGGUUUCGUGCAUAAUCGGUGUAUGCCACACGAUAUUAAAUGGGAAUUCGCGAACGCUUCAAUACGUAGCAGCGAACCAGAAAUUUAUCAACUCACCCCACUUACUCAAACCUUUCCGCAUACGCGUCGUUAUAGCCCAGUAAACUUUGACGCCAAUAUAAAAGCUGCAAAUGAAUAUGCAGCUCAAUCCGCACAAUUUCUGCAGAGCAUUAAUCCAGAAUUUGAUGUUCCGCAAGAAUUUAUGAAGGGAGUUUUUUUUAAAGAGGCUUACAACGAUUAUAAAAACGAAAAAUAUGAUCCAUAUAUGAGCAGCCAACUUAUUUCAAUUGGGAAUUAUGAAGACACAAAAAAGUUGAAAAAGUUUAUCGCGUUUCCAAUGGGUAUUGCGGGGACAGACUUAAGCCUUAUGCCUAUAUCAGAAUCAUUUGAUAAAGAGCUCCGAGGUUCAGAAUAUGAUAUUGGACAACAUAAACUUAAUUUAUCUGCAAUGACUACGUUAAAAUUUAAAACUCCAGUUAGACAAGUUACUUCAUCCAUUUCAGAGGAGUGGCAAUUUAGAUUUCAAAAGAAUUCUAGAGUUACACCUUCCUUAUUAGCUGUUCGUACAGUGACUGGAACAACAUUCUUCUGUAUUAUGAACGCCGAAUCCAGCACUAAUCAAGGGCCAAUUAAACCCGUUGCAUUAGAUACUAUAUUGAAUCAUAGUACUAGAACUAGUUUUGAACACACGCACGUUGCUUUUAAUCCAAAAUUAUAUGGCGAAGCUGCAAUCGUAGAUUGUGGCGGUGGUGUAUAUGUAUGGAGAGCAGAGAGACAUGAAGCUCAAACCAAAAGAAUCAACAAAUACGAAAUUGAAACAAUUAGGGACCCUCGAGUUCAAGAAGAUGCACCAUUAAAGGAUUUAUGGCGGACUUGCGAAUAUAGUGCACACCCUCAAUGUCUUUAUGUUGCAUCACGUGAAAGAAUUGACCUUUUUGAUUUUAGGAAUGCAUGCAACACACAACCUCUCAAUAUGUUCAAUAUUAUCGAAGGAGAUCAAAUAUAUGCAUUUCAACAUGUACCAUUUCCUAAUUCGUUUCAAUCCAUUGUAGUAACAAAUAAUAAAGUUAUACUUUUGGAUCAACGCUUUCCCAAAAGACCGCUUCUCUCAUGGAUUCAUUAUAAUACCGAUCUACCCGUCGGAUUGAAUACAUUAGUGGACAAGCAGACAUCUACCAUAUUAACAUGGUCAAAAAAUCCGCCAAAGAUAACAGCAUUUCAGAUUCCUACCUCCAAAUCAGGAUUAGUAUCUGCGACGGGCUAUCCUAUUUUAAUUCCAUCAUUUCACACGCACCCAACUUAUUGUCGCUCAAAAUAUUUGAGAGUCCCUAAUCCAUCAAGACUAUAUAAAAUAGCCGAAGAAUUUAUACAACCUCAAACACUACCGCCAUUAGCGAGUGUACUUUUGCUACGUAAUAAUAUCAGGGCGACUAAUCCUAAAAAUUUUGGUUCAUGUUUCAGCGUGAUACAGUUAUCACAAACGGGAGCCUUAUACUCUCAAAUUUUUUAUUCCCGGCUUCACACGUCCGUAUUUCCGCAAGCGGACAUGAAUUUAAAUAAAAAAGACAUGCAAAUUGUCGAAAUGCCACCAUCAACGGCAAGUUUACAACUUAUUGCAGAUCAAGAUGUUGGAACUAAUCCUGAACUACAACUUAAAUGUUACCAAAAGUGGCCUUUUGAAAAAAUAUGGAACUAUGCUACUAGGGAUUUUAAGUUAUUUCACCACGAUAAUGAGACACCAACUGUUCUUGAAAUUGGUGUUAUGUUUCUAUCAUGGGAACAUGUAGAGAAAUAUUUUGAAAAAUAUAGUCAAGAAAUGGGAUUUUGCUAUCGUCAGAAAUCAAUAACAACGGAUACAACUGGCAUAGUGCGUACGAUAAGUUAUGUUUGUAUAGAGGGUGCGAUUUAUGAACGUUCAAAACGCCUUAGAAAAAUUGUACCAUGCAAAUGGGAAAUUGCUCUUGAUAUGGCAAAGACUAAUACCAAUAUAUAUGUAACCAAAUUUAGCAACAAACAUAAUCACAAAACAUUUUCUCCUAUAUUUCGUUCAAAUUCAGCCAGGGAAACUGUUUUGUCUAACGAUUAUAAAUAUGAUGUUAUCCAAAUUUUUUCACAAAUGACCCAGAACAAUGAUAUUCCGACAUGGAAGAAUUGUUUCCGCAACAAACUUGAAAUGGUUGAUAAUUUUGGACACCCAAUGACAUUGUAUCCUUUAUUUCGUUUGAUUGUUCAAAAUUUUGAUGGCUAG